GUAUGAAUUAGGAGCAGCUUUGUUCAUUGGAUGGGCUGGAGCUUCACUCUGCAUCAUUGGUGGCAGUAUAUUCUGCUUCUCAAUAGCUGAAAACAGCAAUUCUCCAAGGAGGGGGUAUGCAUAUAAUGGAGCCACAUCUGUGAUGUCUGCUCGUACAAAGGUCCAGAACAGCAUCCCAGACAAAACCACACCAAAGCACUUUGACAAGAACGCUUAUGUUUAA